UUUAUAAACUUAUUAUAUUUCUUUACGGACAAGAAAACGCCAUUAAAUGGCUCAUUUGGACACAAAAUGGAAUAUAUUAUUCCCCGUACUUCUGACUAUUGCAGUAUUCAUUUCUUCUACAUCAGCCGCGACAGCCUACAGCGCAAGAAAGAAGAUUCCAAGCGGAAGCAGGAGCAGCAGCGGAAGAACAGCCUCAUACCCAACUUCGAGAGGGGGCUAUUCUCUUUUUAAGAGUUCAUCAGCCCGUUAUUCUGGGUCCAACAGGUAUGAUUCAAGGAGCCAAUAUCCAGGCGGCACUCUGAAGCGAACAAUGUAUACUGGGAGAUAUUGCGCAUUCACAAAAACAAAGAUGAUUCCGCAAAGAAUUGCUAACGGAACUGAAACAUAUUUAAAACAAGUUGUAUCUAAAUGCCAUUGGACUUCAUUGUACUGUACACCGAGAGUCAACUACGUCGUAUCGUCACGUUUAACUUACAAGACGGUGAUGAAGAAACAAAUGACAGAAGAAUGGAGUUGCUGUCCCGGAUUCAGUGGAGAAAAUUGUGAAGACAGUUGUUACAACUGCACGACGAUGACAGAUUUAACAGAUAGAAUUUCACAAUUGGAAGAACAGAUGCUAUCUGGUAUCCCGAGUACCGGAAACAAAGGCUCAGUUGUCAUUCGACCUGGCGCUAAGGGGGAACAAGGUGAUCCUGGACCAGCUGGAGAGGAGGGUCCAAGGGGACCAUCAGGAGAGACCGGACCAGCUGGGCCACCGGGCCAAAAUGGAGAAAGGGGACCUGUUGGCCCAUCUGGGAGACCAGGCAUUGCGGGGUUGCCUGGGCCUUCUGGGCCCCCAGGAGGAAGAGGGGAGAAGGGUAUUGAUGGUGAGCCAGGAAAACAAGGAUCUACAGGACCAAAGGGAGACACAGGAGAAAGUGGAAAAGAUGGUCUUCCGGGACCUACAGGUGAACAAGGAGGAAUUGGAUUGCCAGGUCCAUCAGGAGAAACAGGUCCAUCUGGCCCAAGAGGUGAGCAGGGAGCACCUGGUGAAGAAGGUCCUCGGGGUCAAAUUGGACUUCCUGGUUCAUCGGGAGCUAAAGGAGACACUGGUUCUAAAGGUGAUCAAGGGCUACCGGGUCCUCCUGGGCAGUGCGGAUGCAAAGGAAGUGUUGACCCAGGGGAUCAGACUGAAAAAGGCUCCGGAGCGACAAUCGAUCCUGGCGGCCUAUUUCCUGGAGAGGAGGAAGGAGACGGGAAUUCCCCGGAUGGUAUCGCGAACGAAAGAGAAAUAGAAUAUUGCGACAAUACAAGUAUAAUAUGGAACCAAGCAUUAGCAAAUCUUAGUUGUGAUUUUGGACCAAUCGAACGAUCAAAACUAAGUCACAUGAUCAAAAAACGAUCUUUGGAACAGAAAAGGAUAAAGAAAAAUAUUCAUGUGAGGAAAAAACGUCAAAGAGGGGACAGAGGUUCAUAUUAUACUGAUGAUGAUCUACAUCACCCAGAAUAUGACGAUUUCUCAGAUUUGGGAGGUGGAUUAGGGGAUUACCCUGAUCUAGGAGAAGAAGAUAUGGGGGAAUUCCCUGAUUUUGAAGAUAUUUUGACAAUGGAUUCAGGAGGAACGUUGUGUCUUUGGAAAUCAUCCCCUGGGCCUACAAGUGACUCUACCACCCCAUCAAGUGCCUGGGUAACAAGACGGUUAUUUGGGUCUACACUUGAUACAGAUUAUUACUCCUUUUUUACUGAAAUAACUGGAAGUCCUGACUAUCAUCAAGGAGGAAAAGAUACCCCAGGGUUUGUGUACGAUGAUGCGAACCCAGCCCCAUUACUUUCAUCAACACAUCGAAAAAAGCGACAAGAGGUUGAUUUUUUGUGGAAUGGGCCUCCUUUUGACGCUACAACAGCAAGCACCACUGGUGAUGGGUACUAUGUCAUUUUCAAUGCAUCUGCUUGGACGGAGACUGAACCUCAAACCCCAACUCCACGGGGUCAAUUUCGCAGUCCAUUUUUUACUAAUCCCCAUACAGACAUUUGUCUUAAUUUUCGUUACUUUAUCCAUACGGAUGUCCAACUAAACAGAGAAACACAGAUUGACGGUGGACUACUUGUCUAUUUAUUACCAUGCAGACCUCCAUAUAAAAUUCCAGUUUUAAAUUUAACUGGAAUUGCUAUAGCGAAUAAAACUGACCAAUGGGUCAGUGGUACUACCCCUCUACCAAAUCACAUGAAUCCGUAUCAAGUUAUAUUUGAAGCAUUUGGGCCGACACAAAAACCUUUUCCACUUUCACGAUCUGAUUCAACGACAAGUGAGAGCACUGCACGAGUAUUGUAUGUUGCACUUGAUGACAUCGUAUUCACUGAAUGUGGCUCAUCAGCGUGCACAUACGAAGGAAAAUAUUACACAGAAGAUGAGAUGUGGACAAACUCUGAUUGUAGUGAAUGUUUCUGCACUGGUGGAACUGUAACUUGUCUUCCUAUAACUUGCCCAAUUUCAGAAUGUCAAUAUACUUACAGACCUGAAGGAUAUUGUUGUGAUAUCUGCUGUCCAAAUCAAGUCCCGCCAAUUGGAGCAAGUGGAGACUCUGGAGAUUAUGACGAUGGUGCAAUGGAAACAAUACAUACUGAAGUUGAAGAUUCAUUGAUGAAUGCAACUUAUGAUGCAUAUGGAUAUGAAUAUGAAGUUCAUGAGAUUCCUGAUACCAGUGAUGCUUUCGAUCCUCUCGGAUGCCCAAUUGCAGACACAUCAGCUCUUCGAUCAGCGACUACAGUUCAUAAAUGCACUCUCAAUAAAGAUCCCGGGCCUUGCUCAGGACAGUUUCAAAGAUAUUAUUUCGAUAAAAUCCGAGGUCGCUGUAGUCUCUUCAAAUAUGGCGGUUGUGAAGGAAAUGCAAACACGUUCGUGACAUUGAAUGAAUGUGAAAAGACAUGCAUGGCCCAUGCUUCAUCAUCAGAAGUGCAAUCAGAUCCACCUGGUGAACUUCAGGUAAACAGCAGUGUCUGUGGAGAACCUCCUAUGUACAAAGGGCCUUGUAAAGCCAAUCAGCCACGUUUCUCAUACGACCUGGGCACUGGCCGAUGUCAUCUAUUUCUUUAUGGUGGAUGCAGCGGCAAUGGAAACAAUUUUCCUUCUCCUGGGGAGUGCACAGUUACUUGUAAAGCAGGACAACCUGUGUACCCUGGACUGAGUACAACGCAACCCGCACUUAUAAAUGAUGACCCCGGCGCUCCAUCUGCUUUAACUGAUCCACCGUUCAAAGAUAAUUUACCGAGGCGUUGUCGUCAACCGAAAUACGUCGGAAAUUGUCGCGCUAAGUAUUCAAGGUUCUACUACAAUGCGGAUGAAGACGUUUGCAUGUUAUUCAUUUUUGGUGGGUGCAAUGAAAAUGGAAAUAAUUUUGUCACUCCGUGGGAAUGCAGAGAUCUUUGUGGGGGAGGAGAACCAGUUUAUGAGAAUGUUUUAGGACCAGAAAGAUGUUCGCAACCCUUAGACACUGGUUCUUGUCGAGCGAGUAUGCAACGUUAUUACUACGACAGUGAAACAAAAUCCUGUCAAAAGUUUGUUUACGGUGGCUGCAAAGGAAAUCGAAAUAAUUUCUACACUCAAGAAGAUUGUUCGGUCACUUGUGAAGAUCAAGAUUUACAGCUGAAAGCUAGAACAGUUGCUACGUCACCCGAGUACUGUUUGGAGCCAGUAGAUACAGGUCCAUGUCGAGCUUCAAUCUAUCGAUUUUUCUACGAUCCCACCACUGAGAGGUGCUCAACAUUUACUUAUGGUGGUUGCCUGGGAAACAAAAAUAAUUUUCACACACCAGAAGCAUGUCGGAAAACAUGUGGUGGCGGAGUUGUAAAUUAUACUAUCACAAUUCCGCACCCUGUUGUGCCACCGAGUGUUGUUGGAGCUGUGGGUCCACCUGGGCCAUCUGGUACUGAAGGGCCAAGAGGAGCAAUGGGGCCACCCGGACCACCAGGGCUUCCCGGUUUACCUGGAACACCUGCUAUGGGAUUUCCAGGUGUCAGAGGUCCACCAGGCCCACCGGGACCCCCAGGUGCUGAUGCCUCAGUGCGAGGGGUGAAAAAAUUCACCAGAAAACUCCAGGACAAAUUGAAAAAGUUUGACGAGCAACUUGAAGACUUUAAAGCUCGAAUCUUAAUUGUUGAGUCAGCUCAACAUCAUCUUGGUACCAAAACCACCAAACGUUGGGCUAUCGAUUGGGAUCCAUCAAAGAAAUCUGAGGAAGAAGACUUCAGUGAUCUUUUCCCAAACGAUGAGACAAAUAGUGAGGACUACAGUUAUGGGUUCGGUGGUUUACUUAAUGACUAUAGCCUGUAUACAGAUGACGAAGAAGGCCGGAAAUAACGAAAUAAUGACUCAGCCGUCGUAAAAAAAAUGAGUCAGCAUUUCAUAUGUAUUUUACACCUCGCAAAAUUGCAUGACACCAGUUCUUUCAGAAUUGUCAUGGUUCAGUGAUAAAGGACACGCAUCAUCGCACUACCUCCACUCCUUAUCAUAAAAAAGAAAAAGCGCAAAACACCUAAUUGUUCCGAAAGUUAUGUGUGCACUCUACUCUCUGGACUAGUUAGUGACACCCACAAAAUCCACAAAGAUAAAAUGUGUAUAUUCACAUCAAAUUAACUAGAAAAGAGCUACAACUAUCAGCUGUAUUUCUAUGUUUAGAUCCCCUUAAAGCUCGUUAUUGAAAUACUCGUUCCUGCUAUAUACUAUCCAUUAUCAAUCAAUCCAAAAUUUCAAUCUCAAAAGACAGGUAUGACUUGAAAUAGAUUGUGCUCCUUUCUUAUUGCAACAGAAUCAGAAGAGAAAAAUAACAAAAAUUUAUAUCAAAAUCAUAUUUGUGUGCCUUCAGUCUUUUACUAUUAUUAAUGUUCCCAGAUUAUGCAUCCUAAAAAUCAAUUCUGUAGCGUUUUGCGUAACCUGUUUGAAUUUUACUGCUAAUAUGAUUAUACCAACAAAACAAGAAAUA